UGGUAGCGUGCUUGGCUCGCGUGUCGGUGGUCCGGAGUUCAAAUCCUACCGCGCCGGCAAGAACAACUAAUUAGACAUUUUUAAAAUGUUUAUCUACGACUGAUACAUAAUGUAUGUAUUAUACUUGUGGUGUUUGCAAUAUAAUGCCAUAUAAUAAUCCCUUAGGGAUUAAUAGCUAUUAAUCCCUCUGACACAACAAUCACAAAAUUCACCACGGAAACAAAAUAAUCAACCUCAAAAAGUGUCACUGUCAAACGAAUAGUAUAUUUGACAGUUUGUGUUGAGAUGGACGAAAAUGAAGAAUCUUUUAAUUAUACACCACCAGAAAUUGUAAAACUAGCUACAGCAACAGCAUCUACCUUAAUACCUGAGACAUCGAAAUCCAUUUAUAAUAAAACGUACGCAACCUUCAACGAAUGGCGUGUUCGAAACAACGCGAAAUCAUUUUCCGAAAAUGUUCUGCUGGCCUAUUUCGCUGAAUUAAGUGCAAAAUAUAAACCGUCUUCAUUAUGGUCAUUCUAUUCAAUGAUUAAAUCUAUGUUGAGAAUAAACCAUGACGUUGAUCUGGAAAAAUACGGCAAACUAAGAGCGUUUCUAAAGAGAAAAUCGGAAGGAUUUCAAGCAAAAAAGUCUUCCACUCUAACCCCAGAGCAAAUUAGGAAAUUUAUUGACAAAGCUCCUGAUGAAAUUUAUCUUUUACAUAAGGUAAUAUUGAUCAUUGGAAUUAUGGGUGCAUGCCGCUCAAACGAACUUUAUCAAAUGAAUAUAGAAGACGUGAAGGAUCUCCAAACAGAUUUAUUAAUAACAAUCCCCAAGUCUAAAACCAAAAUUGUACGAAAAUUUACCAUAAACAGUACGUUUUACAAUAUUGUGAAGAAAUACAUCGAUCUCCGUCCGUCACAUGUGAAAAUAAAUUCAUUCUUUCUAAAUUAUCAAAAAUCUAAAUAUACAAUACAACGUAUAGGAAAGAACAAAUUUGCAGAUAUUGGUAGGCAGAUUGCCAAAUAUUUAAACUUGCCAAAUCCUCAAAGUUAUACCGGCCAUUGUUAUCGCAGAUCAUCUGCCACUCUGUAUAUAUUGAUGGAGGAGGCGAUUUAACUGGAUUAAAGCGUCAUGGGGGCUGGAAGUCAACACAGGUAGCUGAAGGAUACAUUGAUCAGUCUAUGAGAAACAAGGCAACUACAGCAGAUACUAUCGCUAAAGAGAUAAACGGUAAUGUACCAUCUUCUUGUUCUACAGCAAUCGAGAUCCCAAAUAUUUGUAUUAAAAACUCUACUAAAGUUAAUGAUGAUUCUCAACCAAUUCAGUUUAUUAAUUGUACUAUUACUAAUUUUAAUGUUUUUAACAAAUAAAGUUGUUCAUUAAAAAUCUUAAAUUAAUUAAUUUGUCGUAGAUAAAGUAGAGUAUACUACUCGCAAUAAUGGCUCUCAUUCCCUCGGAAUGUUACUCCCUCGCCGCUAACGCGGCUCGGUUCGUAAAUAUUCCUCGGGAAUAAUAGCCAUCAUUAUUGACUCGUGGUAUAAUCUACUAUUAUAGGCCCCAGGUCGACUCAGCCUGAAUAAAAUGAGUACCUUGGGUAAAACCA